UGGAUAUCGGCCCUACAUCGACUAUCCCAGUCUGACAGCGAACUAUUCGUUCUGCAUCCUGGAACACACACUUGUUUCUAUCAAGACACAAGUCCAAUACGGGCAUACUGAUAUCUAAACAAUUUUGCUAUGGUUUUACGAGAUCGAGGAAAAUUGUCCAAGUGCAAAAGCUCAACAACACUGACCUUGAACGCUAAGACCCCAGCUCGGGAGACGAAACCACGAACACUCGACGAUCAAAUCCCAUUUCAACAUUCUAAGCGGGAGAGUUUCGAUGCCAAUCCCUUCCACCUUGGGUCUGCAGCUUAUCCUGAAGUCUGGAACCUUUCAAUGAGACGCUAUGUGCGAGACGUUCUAGUGUCUCAGUGGUCAGUUCUCUACAUACACUAUGUGUUCAUGAUGAAAAUCGUCCCCUCUUCAGACCGGUACGUAGGGGAUGUGGUCAGAUGGGCUAGGAAAGGGCGGGAUAUCAUCACGGUGGCAGAAUUUGCACAUUCACGCUUAUGCCACCUAUGGCAGCCACUCGGUACAUCAUCGUCAUGUGUAGACCGAGUGGAUGAUCAGAGCGCAAUGAGGGAGAAUAACCAUUGAGGAACGAGAAUAUAUCACGAAGUGUGACCCCCCCGUUAAUUGCAGGGAUCAACUACCUAUUGUGUGGUAUUUGGCAAGGCAACCAUUAUAGCUAGGCUAAGCGGGUAUUAUUGGGUAUGAAUGAUGCAUGAAACAAGCCAGGCAUAAAAAUAUGACUGCAACAAGGCAAAUCGGCA